UUGCAGCCAGCCUGGGAUGGGCUGCCAUGUGAGGCAGCAGACUGGAAAGUUUGCUGUAAGCAAUGGCUGUUGUUGCAAUGGCCUCCAAGCCAGCCAAGGUGGCCAGGCUGUCCAGCAUCUUUAACUGCAAGAGCAGGGGCAGCCACCCACCAACGCUCAGUAUGGUGAUUGAAGCGCUGAAAGCCCAGAACGAGAGGAAGGGCACCUCGGUCAUUGCCAUCAAGCGCUAUAUCCUUACCAAGUACCCUGCCGUGGACUCAAUCAGGUUGAAAUACCUGCUGAAAAAGGCCCUGACCAAGGGCCUUAAGGAUGGGUGCCUGGUGAGACCCCAGAACUCCUCUGCUUUGGGGGCCACAGGAAGGUUUAAGUUAGCACCUGAGAAGCCCAAGCUUAAAAAAACAUUGGGAAAGCUGGAUCCAGCAGAAGGAAAGGGCCCCAGACCAGGGAAACCAGGAGCAAAAAAACCCAAAGCAGCUGCUGGGAAAGCUCUCAAUAAAGGAGAUGCAAUGGAGGGGAAACCCAAAGCUGAGAGCAAGAAACCUAAGGCCAAACUUGCCGAUGGCCGGCAGAAAGCUCCGGGGAAGCCAAAGAGUUCUGAUGGCAAAGCGAUGCUGGCAAAGAAGCAGCCACGUGCCAAAGAGGGGUCUCAAGGGAAAGCAGCCAGUGAGGCAAAGAAAGCUGCCAGAAAAGAGAAGAUGGUCCCAGGAGGGGAUGGCCCUUCAAAAGCGGAGGCAGGAGACCAGAGGGCCACUACCUCCUCCAAAGCCAAGGCGGCUCCUAGGCCGAAGAAGCCUACAAAACCCAAAGAGACAAAGGCUGAGAAGGCACCAGCCAAAGCCAAGGCAGCUCCUGGUGCCAAGAAAACCACUGUGAAGGGGAAGGGAGAAGCAAGGGGCACUGAGAAAGGCAAAGGGAAGAAGGGGGAGGCUGUCCCAGGUGCCCAGUCUGGCAAAGAGAGAGAGGAUGCAGAAGGCAAAUCCACCAAAGCUGGCAGCAAGCCUGGCAAGAAAGCAGGCUAAAGUCUCCUGACUCCAGAAGUACUCCUGGGCCAGGCAGGGCAAGGGGAAAUGCUUGGACAAUGGCUGCCUCCUGCCUGAGGAAGAUGGAUUGGUGCUUGGCUCUAUCCAGACCAGUGUUUUGUUUUUUUUAAUGAUAUUCCUUGACUGGUUUGAUCCUGGCUAUGCAUGGGUCACUCUAUUUUUAAUCUCUGAAUGAAGCAAACUGGUUUUAACUGUGUGCCUAUUACUUGUUUUCCAAUAAAGGUAGUCAACUGUUCCUGGGAGUAAUGGCUUUCAUGCCUGGCUUGUAGGUACCCUGGAAACUGCAGAAGACCUAGCAUUAGCACCCCGUGUCCCAUAUUCCUUUUUUACUGGGAUACUAGGUUAAACUGAGCUUGAGCCCAGUUGUGGAGUCUGAGUCUUGCUAGUUAGACCAGUGCCAAAUGCCAACUGGGUGAAAUGGAGUGAGCCAGCCAAGUCCAGGGGCCGGAGUGCCAGCACUAGCAACCCCUUUUGUAGGGGAGUCUCUACCAUGUGGGAGUGCAGCUAUCUUCUGCCACCUACUCUGGGAAAGGAGGUAGUCCUUGUUCUCUUAUGACCCUAAUUAACCCAUUGGCCCCUGGACUACAUGCUGCUCGUGGCAAAGCCUAGAGGUUAUGAAAAGGUAAAUCUUCCAUCCCCAAAUCAGCUGUGCUGUAAUGAGGUUCAACUUGACUGCAGCCUGGCAUGGCCAAAGGGCUGCAAGCAAACGCUUGCCUAGAACACCUAGAAGCUAGCUUCCUGCUAGGACUAGCAAGGCCUGGGCAAGAGGAGGAACUUGCCACUGGUAAAAUCCUGGGAGGCUGGGAUUCUGCCACUAAACAAGCUGACCUCAUUGUUGUCCUUGUGUUAAUACCUUGAUCAGCUUGGAUUACAGGAGGGCUGUAAAAGCUGCUUUCAAUCUAUACCUGGACGAAGCACCUGUUAAGGGCUCAUAGUGAGAAACCUUUACAUGUCCUGUAAUAGACCCUAAUAAAAUAAAGGGUUAUUUGGCUGGGCAUAGCCAGUUUUCAUGCAAGUGAUACCUGCCAAGUCAUACCCUACCUGUACUUGUUCUCCAGACCUCUUUUGGCUACUAGUGCCCAUCAAUCAUCUGGUGAGGGUGCCAUAAGGGAAAGCUCUAAUACUGGAGGCUGGUAUUGCUGAACUUGGAGCAAUUGUUGGAAGAAAUCAAAUGUCUAGCUUGCUUUUGUUGGUUGCAUGUUAUGCAAAAGUUUCCAGGGGAAAGACCGGUAGUGAUAAGGGUCAGACUUCACUGAGAGGGAGAAGAACUUGCCUUCUCUCAGCCUUGGUGCCUAAAGAGGCUUUGGAUAAUCUUCAGUUGGCCUUGUCAAUGCCCUACAAGGCUCCCACCUCUAGGCAGAGUUAACUAUUAUUAUUUUUUUUUUUUUUUUUUUUCCCCCUCAUUCUGGUAGGGGCUCAAGUGAGGGGAGUGAACUAAUUUUUCUCUCAGUUCAAAUUCAAUGUCAUGUUGCUGCAUCCUUAAUUGGAUUGAGGUUUGCAUUCUCCUUGGGGGGAGCUCCACUGUAAUAACUGCAACCAGAGAUGGUCCUGGUAAACCUCCUGAGAUGCGUAAGCCUGUUUUUCACAGUCAUUAAGUGCCAGCGACCAUGUCGCACAUGAAGGUAGAACAAUGCAGGAAGGGGAUGGGGAAGUGAGAGCGUGUGCACACGCCUGAGCACUGUCUUCCCUUCUCCCAUCAGCAGGCCCUAUGCUAAGCAGCAAUGGACCGCUUUCCAGGCCUUCCAAGGUGACCAGCCUGGAAAGUAAUCAAAUAGUUAGUGUUUUCCUUUCCUUGAUCUUCUCCCAAGCAUGUGUUUGCAUGUGGGAAGAGAGAAGCCCUUGUUAACAGGAACGACUUCAAUGGCUGUAAGCAGUAAUGAUCCUUAAGAAGGGCAUGUCUGGGUGCAUGCAUUUUAGCAGACCCAACAGGUCAUUGCUGUUGAAAACCAUGCAGAGCAGAUACUUUCUGGGCAAAAGCACAUAUGCAAGAGGUGCAGCCACAAGUGCCAGUGCAGAAGGGAAGUAUCAGUGUUAUACCCAGGGGGAGGCAGGGCCUUUGAACUUCCUCCAUGAGUCUAGUUUAAAGCUUACAGACUUUCUUCCCUAACAAUGUCCUGUAGCACCUGCCCCUAGCCUUUAAAUGGCAAAGCCUGACCUCUGCCCCAGUGAAUGGAAAGGCUGAGCCUAUUGCUCCUGCUCACAUCAUAGUAUUUGUACCUAUCUACCCACUUCCAUCAUCCCAUCCGCCAGGGCUGUGGCCUUCUCGAGGCUCAUGGGCAGAAACCUUCCCCACACCAAGUCUGAGCACCUUGUUUUAUUACAAAGAGAAGUUUCCAAAGAAUCUGCCAUUUCCACCAAACAGCAGGGAAGGGACCCACAUCCACAAUACCACCAUGCCAUAAAAAAAGCAGAUCACAAAGGAUUCGGGGUUGAGACAACAUGACACAACCCUCAGAUUUCUGGGCUUGGAAGUAAUGACCCUAAAUGGUUUUAGUGAAUAUUUUAGCUCCUGGGGUCUGGGGGGGGGGGGGGGUGUGCAUGGUUGGUGGGCUUGGGUUUUUUUGUUUGUUUGUUUGUUUUGUUUUUUUUUUGUGUGUGGUUUGUAUGGUUUUUUUGUAGGGUUUUUUUUUUUUUGUUUUUUUUUUUUG